AUGGAUUCAGUGUACUCUCCAAUGACAAGCAGUGGGAUGUCCUCUGGUCUGGGGAUGGGGUCAAUGGCGGGCUACAUGUCCGGCGGUUCGGCCCCGGCCAGCUCCUUCAACAUGUCGUACGGAGGCACCGGUCUGAGCCCCGGCCCGGUUGGGGGAGUGGGCGGGCCGGCCCCGGCAGCCAUGUCGGGUCUGGGCGGAGGUGUGGCCCCGAUGGGCGGGACCCUGAGCCCCCCUACACAGCAGUCGAUGGGUUUGAACCCCUACAGCCCCGGCAUGAGCCCCGGUGUGGUCUACGGCACCGGCGGACUGAACCGCGGCCGCGAGAACAAGGCGUUCAGACGCAGCUACCCCCACGCCAAGCCCCCCUACUCCUACAUCUCGCUCAUCACCAUGGCGAUCCAGCAGGCGCCCAGUAAGAUGCUGACGCUGAGUGAGAUCUACCAGUGGAUCAUGGACCUUUUCCCGUACUACCGGCAGAACCAGCAGCGCUGGCAGAACUCCAUCCGCCACUCGCUAUCAUUCAACGACUGCUUCGUCAAGGUGUCACGCUCACCGGACAAGCCAGGGAAGGGCUCGUACUGGACGCUGCACCCCGACUCCGGCAACAUGUUUGAGAACGGCUGCUACCUGCGCCGCCAGAAGAGGUUCAAGUGCGACAAGAAGAUGUCACCGGCAGCGGGGACGGCAGAGGGGAAACCCGACGGCAGGAAGGACUCGUGCCGAGCAUCGCCAGGCGGAGACAAACCUCCGGGACUCCUGGACGCCUCCACAGCGCUGCCGUGCACGCCACCCGGCGGCCCGGCGGACCUGAAGGUCUCGAACUCGCAGCUGCUGUCCUCGCUGGCGCUGCCGCCGCACGCCAUGGCGCACGAGUCCCAACUGCACCUGAAAGGAGACCCACACUACGCCUUCAACCACCCGUUCUCCAUCAAUAACCUAAUGUCAUCCCCGGAGCAGCAGCACAAACUGGAGAUCAAGGCCUACGAAGCGCUGCAGUACUCGUCCUACGGUGCGGGCGGGGGGCGUGGCACCGAGCCGCUUGAGGCGUCCUACUACCAGUACCCCAGACCACUGCUCCACACCUCAUAGGACCUGGACGACGUAUUAACUACUGUCUUCUCAUGAAAAGUUAUGCACUAUCGUUCACAUUUAUUCUUUGAACCCAGUCACAAUCUGUGGAUUUAUUUGAUUCAGAAUUAAAAUCUGCAAAAUCCAGGACCAAGACCAGGGUAGAGAUGUGUUCACAACCUGAGUUUUAUAUAUUUUUUUAAAUGCCACUUUACUUCUCAGCUUCUUAGCUUUGUUUGUUCCCUAAAUCUAAAAAAACCUUUUCCUUUUCUUUACAA